AUGUGCAGAAGAUUCACUAAAAACCCAUCCACUGUGGAUAAUGAACCUACUCCAAGUACCGAUGGAUUAUCGCUCCUGUCCACCAUGCUCAAUGAUGAAACAAAAGUCGAGGAAUCUCCUCCCGUUGCCUCUACACAGGUUCACCCGGGGUCACCCGUCCAUAACCGACUGGUGGAAAGAUCAAGUGAAGACGACAUUAAUCAAGUAGAGAGUUCCGUUACAUCUCCAUCACCAGAGGAAUCACAGGCAAAUGAAUACGCAACAGUCAGCGAUCUUCGCCAAGAAAAUAAAGAUUCUUCCAACGAGGCAGCAAGAGACCUCGAAAAAUGUGGGACAAGGGCAGAUGCUGUUCUCGGAGGAUCUGACACCAUUGACACAUCCACCACGCAUCCUCAGCAGUCGAUAUGCGGUAAAUCACACACCAUGAAGAACCGUCCACUCCCGCAGUGUCCAAUGGGUGGAGCUAUCAAGCCUCAUGUACCUUCACUCAAGACUCAAACCUUAACGAGUCAGGAUCAGCCACGGGAUACUGACACCUCACACAGCACCUCAAUGCAGUAUUUCACGCCAUUAAAGAUAAAGAACUUACCUUUAUCUUUAACUGCUGCCCGUGAUAAGACGCAAGUGCGUAAGAUGGCACCUGGUGGGUCCACGCCAUAUGUGAAGGCUAGAGGGAAGAAGAAUAGAGUUGAACGUAAGCUUGAGGAAGGUUCACUUGAAGCCACUACGGGAUCAAGGAAAGGCUCUGCUGGUGACCUUGCACCUCGAGGCGUGAUAGAUGUGUCAUCAUCUGCAUGCAGCACUGAUCACUGUCCCGCAAGUGGGACUAGGUCCACUCUAGGCCGAGAUGAAGAGUCCUUGUGUUGCAAAGGUAGGAACGGUAUGCAGAAUAAUUCCAAUUCCGUUUCACUUACCAGCUCCUUGCAUCAAGAACAACUGUACUCCGAUAUUGAUGAAGAAUUUCAGCAAGAUAAAGACCAGGCGUCCACAGACAUGGCUAGAGGUGCUUAUGGAUCCAAUGGAAGAUUCGACGGAAACUUAAAACCAACAUCUCCUGUAAUCCAACAGGCAAUAAAUCCGUAUAACACAUUGGAGCCAACAAACACGGAUAAGACUUCAGUUGUGUGUCCAGAUUAUGAAGAUAUUGGUAACAUGGGUUCAAAAGAUAACGGUAAUUUAGAUUAUGAUCUCUUAAAUUUUAAAUGAAGUGCAAUUAUUUGACUUGGCGUAGACAUAAGAAUAUCACAUCAGCAAUUUAACGGUGAUCAACAAUUACUGUAAUCAUAUAGCAUCUCCCUUUACAAAAGACGAUUCCUUGUCGUCUGUUAUAAUAUGUGAAUUGUCCCAAAAUUUGUGAUGCCCAUAAUUUUGCCAGAGUAACUACAUACAUUUUGACUUUUUAGCCUCGGUCACAGAUACCAUAACGAACUGUUACGAAUGCCGUACGAACUAUUUUCA